CCCCGACACAGAGAGCGCCGGCCUCGGACAGGAAGCGGGGAGCCACCGAGAGAGAGAGCGAGCCCGGGCCUCGGAGAGGAGAAGGGGGGGGUGGGGGCGGACACCGCCGGGAGCGGCUCUCGGAGGCAGCCGGCGCCGCAGAGAGAGGGAGAGAGAGAGCGCUCCGGGAAUCAGAGCGAGGGAGCCCCAGGAUCGGCAGCCGAUCCCUUUACCCCCGCCCCCCGGCGCAUUGGGGGCCGUGGAGCCGGCGGGACGCCCCCCCGGGCUGGAGCUAUGAGCCAGGCGGAGCUCUCCCCGGCCGCCGCCCCGCAGCGGAUGUUCCAGGAGGCGGUGAGGCGCGGCAACACCCGGGAGCUGCAGUCGCUGCUGCAGAACAUGGCGGACUGCCCUUUCAAUGUGAACUCGUUCGGGCCCGAGGGGCAGACGGCGCUGCACCAGUCGGUGAUCGCGGGCAACCUGGAGCUCGUCAAGCUGCUCGUCAAGUUCGGCGCCGACAUCCGCCUGGCGAACCGCGACGGCUGGAGCGCCCUGCACAUCGCCGCGUUCGGCGGGCACCAGGACAUCGUCCUCUACCUCAUCACCAAGGCCAAGUACGGGGCGAGCGGCGCUCGGUGAGGCCGGGGCCGGGGAGAGGAUCCCGGUGAGCGGGGGACACUUCCCAGCCCCCCCCACCCCACACCCCACACACACACACAGGCAAGCCACGGGGUCGCCCCGCCGCAUCUACCUCACUGGGAUGGCAGCGUUAACACGGACUGAGGCCGGGACUGGAGCCGGGCUUGGGGACGGAGGGAUAGGCCCCGGCUGUAGGGCCCUCUCUCCCUCCACUCACUCAGCUCGGGCUGAGGGAACCGCACCCGCCCCCCCCCCCCCCUCCGGCCCUGGAUGGACUCUCGCGGACUCUCGGGCUGUUCUCAUGUCGAUGUCAAUAAUGUAACAAUAAAUCUGUGAAAGAGA